AAUUCGCACUGUCUAUUGCCGCCUGAACCUAGGAAAGUCUCUGUGUAAGAGUAGAUUUCGCUCAAUUAUUUUUUGUCUGCUAGGUCUUUGUUUGUUUGGGUGUCAAUGGUGUCUACUGUUGAGAUGCCCGGGGAUGUCAAGGUCAGUUUAGCGCCCUGUCCACGACUGCACGUCGCACAGGGGGACUAGGCUACCAUUUACGUGCCACAGUCACAUCGACUUAAAGUUUUAUAUUUGCUUUCUUCUAACUUUCUGUUCCAACUCUCCAUUUUCUACUAUCAUUUGAAAGUGUCGAAAAGUAGAAUCCUCCUCCAAAACCACCUCGAAUUUCUCCAAACUAAGGUUCCUUACACCACAUAAGCGCGGAACAGCCAUGAGUGGGGCUGCACCACCAAAGAAUAACAACAAGUUGCCCAAAAUCAUUCUUUUCGGGGCUUCGCUCACACAAUGGGCAUUCGAAGAGGACAACCGUGGAUUCGGAUGGGUGCUCACGCAAAAGUACCACGACAAGGCUGAGGUCUUGAACGAAGGUGAAGCUGGCUACACAUCCACGAUGCUGAUCCCCAACUUCAAGCGCAUCAUUGAGCGCUCUGUAGAGCCAUCCGCACCACGCACGUUGCUGUUCACCAUCUUCGUCGGCGCAAACGACGCAGCCAUUCUCCCAUCAGGACCCUAUGUGCCCCUCAAAAGAUACGAAGAGAACAUGCGCUACUUCGUGGAGACCAUCUUGACCCAAGACAACAUGCCGGAUACGAAGAUCGUGCUGAUCACGCCACCGCCAAUCAACAUCCCCAACCCUCCACAGACCCAGGACAUGGAGUGGUACAAGGAGACGAUGAAGUGGAAGACGUACAUGUCGAAGAAGACGUAUGCGGAGAAGAUCAUGGAGAUUGCCAAGGAGUAUGGGGAUGAGACGGGGAGGGUUGCUGCGGUGAACUUGUGGAAGUUGCUGUGCGAUUCGGCGCUGAAGGAUCAGGGGAUCUUGGGCGAUGAGGACGCUUACCAUGAGGAUAAGUCGCCCGGUUCAGGAUUGAAGACGGCGAAGGCGUUCGAGAAAGGGUAUUUCACGGAUGGAUUGCAUUUCGACGGUCGGGCAUAUGAUCUCCUGUCAAAUGGUCUUCUUGAUCUGAUCUCAGAGAAAUGGCCGGAGCUGGCACCUGACGCCGUAGGAGCCUGAUCACGGUGCGUCUAUCGAGCGGUAUACCUUGAGAUUCCCUGGGUGACCCGAAUG